UUUUAUAAGAAAUCUUGGGAAGAAGCUUUUGCUUUUAACAGCAGUUUAAAUGUUGGUGAAGCCCCUGAGUGGCACCCUUAUGAUAUUAUGGAUGAAGAGCAAACUGGAGGCGUUAACGAUUUGUUGAAUGAAAUCCGAAAUUUUUUGGAAGUAUUUCAAAGUAAAGUUUUAAUACCAUCUGAAGAAAAUAAUAAUAAUAAUUCAUAA